CCAGGGCAAAAGGCGCUAAAUUGGCCCUUCGUUCUGAUUGGCUAUUCUUCCGGCCAAUCCCGAAAUGGCCAGAAUGCCUUAUGCGGCUGCGCGGGGCAAUUUGAAUUUUCUUCGUUUUGCGCCCGUUAUGAUGGUGGACGUGGUGAUGGCUUCCGUGGCUUCGUUUGCUCCUGUUGCCGAGGCUGUUAUGGAGCCUUCCGCGCGCGCGCAAAUGUUUGAAACUCACAUACAGAACUACAGCGGCGAUGACCCACUUGAUCCUUGGUAUAGAUACAUUCAGUGGGUAGAAGGGAUGUCGGAAGCAGAAGGAAGACAAAAGUACAUGCCGCAUUUGCUGGAGCGGCUUGUGAAAACAUUUUUAAGUGACAAGAGGUACCAGCAUGACCCAAGAUUCAUCAACUGCUGUAUGAAGUUUGCCAACUUCAUUGAUAACCCAAGUCAGUUUUAUGACUAUAUGUACAGCCAAGGGAUUGGUAACAAGUCGUCCCUUUUCUAUUGUGCUUGGGCUCAGAAACUGGGCGUGCAAGGAAAUGUGCCUCAUGCAAGUGCUGUUAUUCAGAAGGGUAUUCACAAUGGAGCACAGCCAAUUGAGGAACUACAUCAACAGUACAGGCUGCUACAGAGUUGCUUACCUCAGACCCAAAUUUCAAAUCAAGUUGGUGUCUUGCAGCCAGUUAACCCCCAGCUGUUGAAUCAAAUGGCUUCUAAAGAUGACCCAGCCUGUUUUUACCAAAGUCAGAAUCCAACCAAUUCAGAAUCACAUCACAUCACCUGUAGCGGACCAGGAAAUAUGGAACAGCCUAAAUACAUAACCACCAUUUCCAAAUCGGAAGUCUUACCAACUCCUUCAUCCAGUGUUGUACUUGAGCAGAAGCUCAUGUAUGACAAGAACCUUCUUUAUUCUGAAGGCUCUGAACUGUCCUUUGAAGAAGUAAGAGCGGAUGCAUUUUUUAAAAAGGCCAAACAACUGAAAAGGCACAAGGAAUGGGAGUAUGAAGACAAAGAAUUUAUGAAGAAGAAAGAAAAUGACCUCUUAGAACUACAAGAACUACAGCAGAAGCUAGAUCAGCUCUCCCAGACUUCGUCGUCUUCCCAGAAAACUACAGUACGCCCAUCUGCUCACCAAUCCUUUUUAAGUGCCACAGCGGGUGACCCGUAUGGACAAAUCAGUGCAGCUCAGUAUUGGCCGGAGCGGGCAGCACCUUCCCCAGCUGGGUAUCUUCAAAAGUCUUUGAACUGGGGGACAGAACAUCAGCGUUUGGCUGGAGCUGCUUCGGCUUCACUGCUGAUUGAAAACCAGCAGCAAAGAUCAGCAUUUGGGGAGAUUUCAGUGGGAGGCCCUUCAGCUCAACAGCCAGUUGGAAAUUUCCAGCAACUGACAGCAUUGGUUUCUUUGUCAACUGCACCGAGUGAAAAGGCUGCAUCCCAAGUAAAACAUGAUCUUGAAGAGUGUGAGGAUAGUCUGCAUAGGCUUCAGGUUGGCUGCGAGGAUUCUGUCCAGCUGCCUCAGAAACGUGCUGUCCUCUCCAACAGUUACCAUUAUGGAGAGCGGCACUUGAAUACUUCUCAUCAGAAACUGCAGCACUCCAUGGAAAUGAGAGAUGCAUCGGGUGGUAGAAAUUCUUCCAUUUUUGCUGAUAAUCAUCAGGCCACUCCAAACACAUCAAGUAUGAUGCAAGCAACUCCGUUUAAAGUACAGCCAUCUCCUACUGUUCAUACAAAAGAGGCCCUGGGGUUUAUCAUGGAUGUGUUCCAAGCACCUUCCUUCAAAGAUAGUACUAUGCUUUCAGAAGAAGAAGAUGAAGAUGAGCUUGAGGCCUACUGUAGAAAUAAAGGACCAUGUGAGGUUCCCAGCGUUAACCCCACUGCUGCUGAUGUGCCACUUGCAUUUACAAUCUUUGAAGAUGAGAAUGCAGAGGUCGCCCAGCCACACCCAAAGUCAGCGGAAGUCAAAGUCUUUGGAGAACGUUCCACAGUGGGCUGUGUGGCCAGACCAGCAGAGGAAAGCCAGCCAGCGGAGGGCCUGACGGAUGACUGCACAGUGUGGGCUAAUCAGUGCAACAAGACCCUGGCUCCUAGUCCAAAUGACACGGGAGAUUUUGCUCAUGCUGCGCGACUUGCGUCUACACCGUUCAAUACCGUUCCAGUGCCUGUCCGUCAAGCGAUGCAGGUAAUUGAGAACCCUUGGGAUGACAGCUUAAUCCAUCAGCUUCUCUCCGGGCUGCCCAAACUGAUAAGUGCCUACUCAGAUACCUUUGAAUGGGGAUCGAGUCUUCCAGUUCUCAGACCGAAGGCUGAACUCAAACUGGCAUCCACGUCCUUUCAUGUUGACUGUUUACUGGGAGAAGGAGCUUUUGCACAUGUCUAUCAAGCUUCUGUCCUUGAUAUGGACAACACGAAGAAUAAUCGUAAAGUCAUACUGAAAGUGCAGAAGCCAGCAAGCCCCUGGGAAUUCUACAUAGCAGCUCAGCUGACGGAAAGGCUUAAGCCAAGCGCUCGUCAUCUUUUCAUCCGCUUCUAUUCUGCUCACUUUUUUCACAAUGGAAGUAUCUUAGUUGGGGAGCUUUACAGUUAUGGAACGUUACUGAACACCAUAAACAUAUACAAAAAGCUGAUGGAGAAGGUGAUGCCCCAAGCUCUGGUUAUCUACUUUGCCAUAAAGAUUCUGCACAUGGUACAAGAGCUGCACAGCUGUGGGAUAAUUCACGGCGAUGUUAAACCCGACAACUUUAUUUUUGGUGAAAGGUUUUUGGACGACGACACGUGUGACGUGGACAGCGUGUCCCACGGCUUGACCAUCAUUGACUUUGGCCAAAGCAUAGACAUGACCCUGUUUCCUGAAGGAACUGUAUUCACAGGAAAAAGUGAAACGUCUGGAUUUCAGUGUAUUGAAAUGAUGACACACAAGCCAUGGAAUUACCAGACUGAUUAUUUUGGGAUUGCUGCAACAGUCUACUGCAUGCUGUUUGGCACGUACAUGAAAGUGAAAAAUGAACAAGGGAUCUGGAAGCCUGAUGCUGUUUUUAGGAGGACCCCAAAUGCAGAACUUUGGACUGACUUCUUCUUCACCUUGCUCAAUGUACCAGACUGCAACCAUCUCCCUUCACUGGGAGCCUUGCAGGCAAGACUGAGAGACGUAUUUCUGAAAACUUAUGCCAAUAAAGUGACAGCCCUCCGUAACAGGCUUGCGGUGUUGCUUGUGGAAAAUAAACGUUCUCGGAAGUAAAUCCUGGACUCAUCCACUAAUCUUGGGCAAGGGAAAAGGUGGCCACAACACGUCUGGAUAGAAAAAUACUCCCCGUUUCCUGUUUAAGGAUGGUGCAAUGUUUAGCAUUUUGUGGUUUUUUUACAAAUAAACAACUUCUUGAUUGUGAUUGAUAA